AUGGCAGCUUUCUUGCCGCUGUUGGACACCACGGACGAUGCCCUGCUGGGGGCACUUUCUCGUCUAGGGCCGCUCAUAGUGCCAUCUCUCUCCUCAGCACCCCUUCCUGAUCUCCCCCAUAUCUAUGUCCUCACGGACCACGACUCUUCAUUCAAUCUGGACGAGAUCGUCUCAUGGCUUGACGAAGGAGCUGAAAAGGUUAUCAUACCACUUUCCUGGGCGGCCGAACUAGUCGCGGUACUUCCGGCAGAGCGCCUGCUCUUAUUGCUCGACGUUAACAACGCAAGUGCCGUUUCAAGCAAGAUUCGGUCGGGGGUAUCCGGCGUCGUGCUGAAGACGCCUGUCAUAGACGUGGAUAUCGUCUCGUCUGUAUCACAAUUCUUUGCAGGCUCGUCCAUAUUUGUCUAUCCAUCCCAGCUGUCUCCUUCUCGAGCCGCAAUUCGCCAAGUUCAUGCUGCCGGCGCCACCCUCGUCAUUCCUUCCUCCCAGAUCACCUUGAAGCCUUCUACCAGCAGCACCAUCAACAUUGCAGAUGCGUUCCUCGCGGUCGUAAGCUCAGAUCGACCUGAUGGACUUUUCCCAACCGUGGUCUCUGCAGUGAACCAGGGCGGGCGAUCGCUCGGCUUGGUCUACUCAUCCGCGGAAUCCGUUAAGGAGAGUAUCAUCACAGGGAAGGGGGUGUACCAAUCAAGGAAGCAUGGCUUGUGGAGGAAAGGCGAGACCUCGGGAGAUACCCAAGAAGUCGUCAGCAUUCGCCUUGACUGCGACGCAGAUAGCCUCGAAAUCAGCGUCAUUCAGCAUGGCGCCGGCUUCUGCCAUCUGCACCGCGCAUCAUGCUUCGGCGAACUUGGAGGGUUAGCCGCCCUCGAGAAGACUCUGCAGUCGCGCUUGGAGUCCGCGCCCGAAGGGUCAUACACCCGACAACUCUUCAACGACUCCGAUUUGCUGCGCUCAAAAAUAAUGGAAGAAGCGGGCGAGCUCUGCGCCGCCGAAACUCGCGAGGAGGUUGCCUUCGAAGCCGCGGACCUCUUCUACUUUGCCCUCACCCGAUGUGCCGCCGCAGGCGUUACGAUCGCCGAUAUCGAAGCUUCGCUUGACAAAAAAGCGAAGAAAGUCACCCGGCGACCCGGGAACGCCAAACCGCAGUGGAUUAAGCCAAAAGUAGCAGCGCCUCCUGCAGCGCAAUCUCAAUUCCCACUGGAUCCUGAUGCGCCUAUCCGUAUGCGCACAUACGAUCUUGCUACCGUUGGAGCGUCGGACCGCGCGCAGCUGCUCAGAAGGCCGGUGCUCAAAUCCGACGAGAUGAUUGCGAAAGUCAAACCUAUUGUCGAUGACGUUCGCAAGCGCGGGGAUGCCGCGCUCCUCGAGCUCACCGCCAAAUUCGACAAGGCCCAGCUCGACUCUACGGUAGUCUUUCCUCCCUAUGCUCCGGAGACCAUGGAGCUCGAGACGUUGGUGCGCGAGGCCAUCGACCAGGCCUACGCCAACAUCUAUAAAUUCCACGCAGCCCAAGCGAAGGAUGCAACUCUGGUCGUCGAGACCAUGCCGGGCGUCGUUUGCUCGCGGUUUGCGCGGCCAAUCUCGCGGGUCGGGUUGUAUGUUCCGGGUGGCACGGCGAUAUUGCCGUCAACCGCACUCAUGCUGGGCAUACCUGCACAGGUAGCUGGCUGCAAUGAGAUUGUCCUUGCGACUCCUCCUCGACCAGACGGGAGCAUCAGUCCGGAGGUUAUGUAUGUUGCAAAGCUUGUGGGUGCAUCGGCCAUCUUGAAGGCGGGCGGAGCACAAGCCGUCGCUGCCAUGGCAUAUGGUACCGAUACCGUGCCGAAGGUCGACAAGAUCUUUGGGCCAGGCAAUCAAUGGGUCACCGCUGCAAAGAUGCUCGUGCAGAACGAUACAGACGCGUUGGUAUCGAUUGAUAUGCCUGCCGGGCCGUCCGAAGUUUUGGUUAUCUCAGAUCAUACGGGAAAUCCCGCCUUCGUUGCCGCAGACUUACUUUCGCAAGCAGAACACGGCGUCGACUCUCAGGUAGUGCUCGUCGCGGUCAGCUUAUCCGACGAGCAAGUUGCGAAGAUCGAAGACGAAGUGGACAAGCAAGCGCGAGCUCUCCCGCGCGUCGACAUCAUGCGUGUGUCGGUAGCGAAGAGCAUCAUCGUCAAGGUAUCGACGGUGGAGGAAGCCAUCGCCUUCUCUAAUGAUUACGCGCCGGAACAUUUGAUCCUGCACUUGGAGAACGCCAGCGCCGCGGUCUCUUCUGUCCAGAACGCUGGCAGUGUCUUCGUGGGACCGUAUUCUCCAGAGAGCUGUGGCGAUUAUGCUUCGGGCACGAACCAUACGCUCCCCACCAACGGUUACGCGCGUCAAUUUAGCGGAGUGAACACGCUCUCCUUCCAAAAGCACAUUACUUCGCAAGAGGUGACGGCAGACGGUCUCAAGAAGCUGGGACCCGUGGUGGCGACGCUUGCAGAUUGCGAAGGUCUCGGCGCUCACGCCAAUGCCAUCCGCAUACGGAUGGCAACCCUCUGAUGUAGUGAAUAUAGUAUGUACGAUGAUUAAAGCAGGAUAUGAAUAUGGAUCCCAUGCCCCACUACAGCAAAGGAAGAUCUAUAACCUCUAUGUCAUCUCAUCCGCUGCGGUAUAACGCCCGCUUGGCCACCUUGACGAUGAGCGGGGUGUCGGGGAACGCAAGUGCUUCCAGGCCCGCCGCGUACGGUGUGGGCACAUCAGCACCAGUGACACGCUCGACCGGCGCAUCAAGGUAAUCGAACGCCUCACUCUCCACGAUCUGCGCGCAGAUCUCACUGCCAACACCGAACGCGGGGAAACCACCCUCGACGAUCAGCAGCCUGUUCGUCUUCUUCACCGACGCCUUGAUAGUGUCGAUGUCAAGAGGGCGGAUGCUGCGCAGAUUGAUGACUUCGGCCUUGAUGCCCUCCUUCGCAAGGAUCUCCGCCGCCUCGAGGGAAUGAGUGACCAUUUUGCUGUGCGCAACGAUAGUGACGUCGCUACCCUCCUUCUCCACUUUGGCUUUGCCAAUGGGGAGGAGGAACUCGUCCGACAUUGCCUCUUGUGACAUCGGGAAUGAGACACCGUACAGCAUCUCGUUCUCGAGGAACACGACGGGGUUAGGGUCCCGGAUAGCGGUCUUCAGGAGACCCUUGCAAUCUUCCGCACUCCAGGGACUGACGACCUUCAGACCAGGAAUCUGACCGUACCAAGAAGCGUAGUCCUGAGAGUGCUGCGCAGCGACACCAGCGGCGGCACCGUUAGGACCACGGAACACAACGGGGCACGGAACAUUUCCACCGGACAUAUAGUAGGUCUUGCCGGCCGAGUUGACAAUCUGGUCGAUGGCCUGCAUGGCAAAGUUGAAGGUCAUGAACUCGCAAAUCGGCCGUAAACCAGCUAAUGCAGCUCCAGUGGCAACACCCGCGAAACCCAUCUCCGUAAUCGGAGUAUCGACCACGCGCUUCUCGCCGAACUUGUCAAGAAGUCCUUUGGUAACCUUGUAGGCACCGUUGUAGCGCGCUACUUCUUCACCCAUGAUGAAGACCGUCUCGUCGCGCAACAUCUCCUCCUCCAUCGCGGCAUUGAGCGCGUCACGGACGGUCAUCGAGUGCUGUUCGGUGGCAUAGCCGCGGCGGAACGCGACCCUGCGCGCCGCCGUCGCCGACGGACCUGCGCGCUUGUUGAUGAGAGCCGGAGCAAAGCGAGAGAACGCGGCGCGGGCGGACAUAGCUUUUGGAGGGAAGAAGGGGGGAGGGAGGAGGGAUCGGUGAGGACGAACAGUGCUGGCGCCUCGGGAGGAGUCGAAAUUUGGGACGCUCCGGCGCUUGCCGACCGACGCUGCCUCAUCCCCAUCGUAUUAUCGAGCGCGUCCGCGUCGGACUCACUGCUGCCGUCGACCAUUUGCUGCCAUGUCCAAGCCAGUCAUAGUUGUCACUGGCGCAUCCAAAGGGAUCGGCCUUUGCGUCGCGAAGCUCCUUCUCGAGGAAUUUGGCGCGAUAGUAGUCGCGAUUUCCCGGACCCGAAGUCCUGAACUCGUCAAAUUGCUUGAGACGCACAGGGCGACGCUGUUGACCGUCGAGUGCAGUGUUUCUGAUGAAGCAGGACUCACCGAGGCAAUCACUCUCGCUCAACGCACCUACGGGCGUAUCGACGGCCUCAUCCUGAAUGCCGGCGUGCUUGACCCCCUUGGCCCAAUUCACUCCCAUCCCUUGGAUGCUUGGAAAACGCACUUCGAUGUCAACUUCUUCUCACUGAUCACCGCUCUGAAGGCGUCCCUUCCUAUCCUGCGCAAAAAUUCUGGCAAGGUUGUGUUCGUAAGUUCAGGAGCAGCUACAGGAGGCAUCGCGGGCUGGGGCGCAUACAAUGCUAGCAAGGCAGCAAUGAACAGUCUUUGCAGGACGCUGGCUAACGAGGAGCCUGAAAUCACAUGCGUCGCUCUUCGGCCAGGGAUGGUUGAUACCGGGAUGCAAGCCCAUCUUCGCGAGAACGGACCCAAGACUAUGGCCGAGGGGGACAUGAAGCGUUUCAUCGACGCGUACGCCGAUGGCUCUCUGGUGAAGCCUGAAGAUUGCGGUUAUGUUAUCGCUGCCCUUGCUAUCAAAGCACACAAGUCUCUCAGCGGCCAAUUCGUUUCUUGGAACGAGGAAGCUUGUGCAGACUACAGGCGGCCCGGCCAUUCGUCAUAAUCACCUUAAUCACGCAAAUCGACUCGUAUGUGCAGUCCGUGGGCAUGCCGAAGGUCGAUUGUUCAGGUGAUUUACUUGCCAUCUGAAGCACUCGCGGAGUUCGGGCGUGAAGGCCGUCGCAGAAAUUAGGUGCUUAGAGCUGCCAUGGGGCUUGAUCCAUCCCACGAGGAAGACAAUCUGUCGUACCUACAGAUGAUGCAAUGAACAACUUCAGUCAAUUUACAUGCUUCAUCCAUGUCCAGUUCGAUGGGGCAAUCAGAUCGUUCCACCAGAAUAUACACGUGCUAGUACAAAGGCCCGAAGGACAACUGUCUGCAU